GGGUCACGGAGCCAGAAUUAUCAGUGACGACGACCAGCCGCUCAGCUUCUUGUACGGGCCUCCGACGCACCCCUUGAGCCGACGCAAAGCGACGGCUGCGGGGAAGCGCCCGGCACGUGAUCCGCCCGAUCCACCCGCCGGUUUUUUUCGACGCCGACCGAGACUCUCUCCGUCGAUUGCAUCACUCCACGGCCGCGCCUGGUUCUAUAUAGAUCUGCGCUGGAUAGUUUCCCGUUUGCGACCUUGAUAACACUCGCUUAGUUCUUUACCGUUUUACUUCCGACUCUGCAGUUUCUGUGUGGAUCUUCUUCAUCUCACACCACGUCAUUCUCAACUCGUCAACUUCGCGACACAUAAGCACAAGCUUACUACACCACAUUCACACCCCCUCACCAUGUCCGACGACGAAGAGUACUACGACGACUACGAUGAGGAUGUUUUCUGGGUCGAGGAACCCGACCCAACCGUUGCUGACGAUCUCGCCGCGACCGCAACUAUAACCAACGACGCCAUAUUCUACGAUGACCCCGCCCUGGAAGCCGAAGAGUUCUUCAGCGACUGGGACGACCUCUCCGACGACUACUUCGACGAUGACUCCACCGCCGUUAAGCGUCAACGCGCCCUGAACCUAUUAUCCCGACCCGUGACCCUCCCGAACAAGCCCCGAGUCCCCGCAUCAAAGGUGCCCAAGUUUGAUAUCGCGGCGUUCCAGGGCACGGUGUGGAAGAGUCCGAGCGAUGAGGUGAAGAUCGCGGUGCAUGAGCCUGGGGAGGGGGAGAAGGUUGCGCUGCUGAAGAAUUGGAGGGAGGUGUUUCGGAAUUCGCACCCGGCGAUUGGGAGGGUGAGGGCUAGAAUUGGGGGUGAUGGUGUGGGUGCAGGGAGUAGGGAGGAGACAGAGGAUGGGGAUGGGUAUGAGGGGGAGGAGGAAUACGAAUAUGAAGACGAAGACGAAGAGGCAGAUGAGGGAGAAGGGGGGGCGGAUGGGGAUUAUGAUUCCGGGGUUGGAGGCGUUGAGGAUGGGGUGGUGAAGGUGUCUUCGGAGUUGUCGAAUGGGCUGGGUUCGGAAGUGAACGGGGCGGAAGACGCUCCUGAUGCGGCAGAGCCGAUACAGUCGCAACCCUUGAAAGAGUCGAAAGCCAACGGCGUCGAGAAGCCGACGACAAAAGGACGGAAACGCAAGGCUGAGGAUGCAGAUGAGCCUGCCCCGGAACUUACCGGCAACCCCCGAUCGAAGAGGAUCGCGACCCAGAAAGUGGGCGAGACGAAAGAGACACAUCCGGCAUCCUCGGGACCUGUGCGGAGGUCCGCGAGGAACAAAAAGUAAAUUGUAUAGAAACGAUAAUAUGCGAACAUGAACAUACUUGAUAUUUGCAUCCUG